AUGAGUGAAGAUACGGGCAAAUCACCCGUUGAACAGCCAAUAUCAUCAUCAACACCAAAUUCUGAAAUCAAAGUUUUUUAUUAUAUUGAUGAUCAAGAUCCACCUUAUUUAACAAAAUUAAAUGUAACUGGUUCGCCGUGUUUAAAAGAUUUUAAAAAUGCACUCGAUCGUAAUUGUUCAAAAUAUAAAUUUUUCUUUGCUACAAAUGAUCCAUCGAUUGGAAAAGUUAAAGAAGAAAUUGUUAAUGAUGAACAAAUUUUACCAUUUGAUAAACAAGAUCGUAUUCUUGCAUAUCUUGUUUCUAUUGAAGGUAGUACAACAUCAAGUGGUGGUGGUGGUGGUGGUGGUAGUAAACAAAGUAAACUUCCUCAUCAUUUUCGAGAUGAUACAAUGUUAACAUCAACAACAAAUAGUUCAUUUAAUAUUCAACAACCGCGUUUACAACGUAUGAGCCGACGUUAUGCAUCAGCAAAUAGUGCGGAUUAUCAAAAAUAUUUUGUUAAACCACGAGCUGUUAAUGAUGUAUCAUCAUUUCCAAGUAGUGAUUUGGAGUCAACAACAUUCUUAGAUGAAACCGAAGAUGAUAGAUAUUCAACGGUCACUGAUUCUACAACAAUUUCAUCAAGAUAUCAUGGUCGAAAUCGACCACGUCGUAGAAAACAUCGAUUACCAUCAGGACUUGAUCGAGCAUCAUCAUUCAGUAGUUUAAAUUCUGAUUCAACAAUGACAUUAAAUAUCAUUACGGUAACUCUUAACUUAGAUGCAGUCAAUUUUUUGGGUAUUAGUAUAGUCGGUCAAAGUGAUAAAACAGGCUCAAGUGAUGGAGGAAUCUAUGUUGGUUCAAUAAUGAAAGGAGGUGCAGUUGCUCAAGACGGUCGUAUUGAACCAGGUGAUAUGAUUCUUCAAGUAAAUGAUAUUAGUUUUGAAGGAUUAUCGAAUGAUGAUGCUGUUAAAAUUCUACGUGAAACUGUUCAAAAACCUGGACCAAUUAAAUUAGUUGUUGCUAAAUGUUGGGAUCCAACUCCGCGAGGUUAUUUUACUUUACCUCGUCAUGAACAAGCACGUCCUGUUGAUCCAUUAUCAUGGCUUGCACAUACACAAGCUGUACAAAAUACUUAUAAUAAUCCUCAACAACAAAUCUUACUUCAUCAUCGACAAUCAGUACUUAAUUCAACUACAAAUAUGAGUUCAACAAUAUCAAGUACAAAUAAUACAAUGACCGAUAAUGAACGUUUUGGUCUUGAUCUUAAUUUGACAAUUAAUUCUGAUAUGGAUACUAUUGUACGAGCUAUGGCCGAACCUGAUUCAGGCUUAGAUAUACGUGAUAGAAUAUGGCUUAAAAUGCCUAUACCAAAAUCAUUUCUUGGGUCAGAUUUAGUUAAUUGGUUAUAUGAAAAUGUUGAUGGAUUUGUUAAUAGAAAUGAUGCAAGAAAAUAUGCAUCAUCAAUGCUUAAAGCAGGCUAUAUUAGACAUACCGUUCAUAAAUUAACAUUUUCUGAACAGUGUUAUUAUGUUUUUGGCGAUAUUUAUUCACAAGGUAUAUCUCAAUUAACACUCGACGAAGAACCUGAAGAUUAUGAAUCUGUUUCUGAUCAUACGAAUACUACUGAUCGUCGUAGUGGUGAUUCAUUAUUAACGACAACAACAAGACAAAAUACUGUAACAACAUUUGGCUUUGUUGAUAAAAACAAUGCUCCACUUCAAUCACCUACACAAUCCUUCUUAGCUGAUACACAUAAUUCAGGUACUUUUGGUACAAAAUCAUGCUCAACAUCGACGAGUAGUGGUAGUGAUACACGACAAUUAGUUGAUGUACCAAAUAAAUUACGCUCAAGCAAAGAAUCAUUUCAACGUGCGAUGACAAAUCCAUUACCCCGAGAAUUUUUUGUUGAUGUUAUCCAAUGUUAUACAAAAUCAUCCCAAACAUGGAUAUGUAAUAAUUCAUAUAAAUCAAAUAAAACUCAAACAGCAAAUAUUGAUUAUCAAUCUGUUUUAACUAAUCAAAAAGUUGAAAGAAUUUUUCUAAAAAAUUAUCAACUAUCAACAUUUACGAUUGAUAAUUAUCCAUCAACAUUACGUUUAUUCAAUGCAAGUAAUAAUCAAUUUCAAACAAUUAUUAUAACACCAACCAAUCGUCAUACAUCCAAACUUCGUCAAUUAAUACUGCAAUCAAAUAAUAUUCGGCAAUUUAGUAUUGAUACUGUUGUUUUACCACAAUCAUUAGAAAUAAUUUCUUUAGCAAAUAAUCGCUUAGAAAUUCUUGAUGCUCGACUUUUUUCUCAUUUAAAAAGUUUAACUAAACUUGAUUUAAGAAAUAAUCAAUUAAAACGUAUUUUACCACAAUUGAUACUUAGUUUUAAUAUACUUUUAAAUAAUAACCCACUCAAUUGUGAAUGUACUCCUGAAUUUUAUCGAACUAUAUGCCAAAAAUCAACUAAUUUAAAACAAUUAACAAGUGAUAGCAAUAAUUGUUUGGCACCAUAUCAUGAAUCUCGACCAUAUGAUGCUCAUCCUGCGACUUAUUUACGUUUUUCAACAUUUACUCUUAUCUGUCCAAUUAAUGCGCAACCUGCACCUAUUAUUAUUUGGUCAACACCAUUUGGUAAUCUCACAACAAUAAAUUCAUCAAAUAUUGAUUUACUUUCAUCAGUCUAUGAUGAACCAAUCUAUACUACAUUAACAGCUUUAGCUGGUCCAUUAACUGCCCGUACACGACAUAUAUUACAUGCAUUCAAUACAAAUCAUUUAUCGGUAACACAAGCACGUGCUGGUUUACGACAUCAUAUUUCAUGUUCCGGUAUUAAUAUGCUUGGAAUAUAUACACAUGAAUUUGAUUUUGAUAUCAAUUCAUACGGACAAAAACGUGCUCUAUGGCAUCUUAUUUAUACAAUGGCAUUUGGAUUUUUUAUGGCACUUGUUGCUGGUGCACUUUGUGUAACAAUAAAACGAACCUCAUAUUAUUCAGCUGAUCAUUUACGAACACCACCAAUAUAUCCAACGAUGACACCUAAUAGUGCUUCACGUACACCACCAAAUUUUGAAUUAAAUCAAUGGUUAUCAUUAGCAGCAGCAAAUAUAAGUGGAACACUUGAACAAGUUCGUGAUAAACUUCGUUUAGGUGUACAACAAGUUAGUGAACAUAUGGGACAAACAAUGGGUCGAGCAUCAGAAUUAUUUACCUAUGGUGUACAACACGCUGGUGGAACUAUUCGACAAGCUGCUGAAAGCUCUGCUGCUUAUCUUCAUUCAAUUCGUGAAACUAGUCAACAUCGUUUAAAUACUAUGCGUGAUCAAACAUUAUCAUCGUUACGUAAUCCCGGUAAUUUAAUGCGUGCUGGUAUGAAUAUGUUAACAACACAAGUUAAUUCUUUACGUGAUUAUUGUGGUGUUACAACAGGUCAAGUAAUGACAACAAAUUAUUUAUUACAACAACAACAACUUCAUCAUUCACAAAAUUCACCUGGUACAGUGUCAUAUUUACAACGUAAUCAUAUAUCAACAAUAAUGGAAGAUGAUGAAUCUAAAAUGGAAUCAUCAUCAUUAAUUAAUCCUCUAGAUCAAACACCUUAUGCUGGAUAUAUACCAUCAAAUGUAUUAACGAAUACAUCCGGUAUUGGUCAACUUGAUGCAGCUGAUAAUUCUGUUCUAUUAGCAUUAAGUAAUUUUAAUCAAGAUUACAAUGAAAAUGUUAUAACACGAGGACAAAUGUCUGGUGGAAUUGGAACAUUUCAUGAUCAUAAUGAUGAACUUAUUAAUGAACCUGAAAGGUUAAUUAUGUAUGGUGAACAUCGUCCACAUUGUUAA